AUGCGAAGAGGUAAGUUUUUUUCUUGAUUUCUGAAAAAAAUGUUUUUUUCUUGAAAAAAUUACACAUUUUGUUCAUUUUCCAACAUAUGUUUUUGAUGAUUUUUCUCAUUAGAUGAGCACACGCUGUUUCGGAGAAACAGAACAUUUUUUCUAAUCUCUCUUGAUUUUCUAACAUAGUUUUUUCAAAUUUUUCCAGGGGAAUGGGUAGAUCAGGUAUGUUUUGCUAGAUUGAGAACUAUUUUUGACUUUUGGACUGAAAAUUAUUUUCAAGACCGAUUUUCUAAAUCUGAGAACUUUCAAGCUAUUUUUUUCAUUAAUCUAAAUUUAAGCUAAAACACUGAACUCUCAAUAAAAGCUCCUUUUUCUUCAAUUUCUCAAUAUGUUUUCCAAACUCAUGACAGAAAUCAACGUGUUUUUCAAACAUAAAACCUUUCUUUACAAAAAUAUUCAAAUUUUCAGAAAAAGACGAAAUUACGAAUGGCCUAGUUACCUCAACAUUCAGUCGAGAUGUUGAAUCAGUUCUUUUUGCAGUCCUUCUUUUUCUUCUGGGUGGUCUUAUUUUAUUCAUUUCCUGCUUUUUUAUAACAAAAUGUUUACAAUGUUAUAAAAGAAGACAAAGAAGGUGAGAGAAAAAUGAGAGAUUUAGAGAAAAAAACACAACAUUCCAGACUUCGUCGCAAAGCUUUGGGUGAAGAUGAUGAUGAUGAUUCGAAUGAAAUCACAAGUGAGAUCGAAUUUGAAGAUUCACAGCUCAGUCAAAAUACUCAACUUGUGAAAUUGUAA